AUGGAACUUGUUCAGGGCGUUACGCUGGAGCAGAGCUGGGACACAUUGGUUGAAGAGGACCGAACCUCGGUGUGGAACUCGGAGGUAUGCAGCAGCUCCCCAACGGCGGGUCUAUUUCAGAGUGUAACAGCAUUCCACGAUUGGUUCACCUCGACAAUCGGUUCCGAGGAGCAUUGGGGUAGGAAAACACCCCAUCCGUAUCGUUCAUUUCUGCCGGACCAUGUUCCUGUCAUGUUCACACAUGGGGAUCUUCAUCCUUCCAAUAUCAUUGUUUCGCAUGGGCCGAACCCACGGGUUGUGUCGGUCAUCGACUGGCACCAGGCAGGGUGGUAUCCGGCAUACUGGGAGUACUUCAAGGCGCGGUGGACGUCGCGUAUCGGGGCUGAAUGGGAGGUCAAAUAUUUGCCUAUGUUUAUCGGCCGGUGGGAAGACACGGUGUACGACUACUGGGAUUAUUUCGUAUUGGCGCGCGGAGCAUGA